AUGCAAGGCCAGGAGUUGGCCAACUCCGCAGGCGCCAAGACCCUGUUGAAGCCGAUGCGCCUGUAUCGGCUGAGGAUCGUUGUUCGCAGCUUGCUGUCGACUAUGGCGAGUCGGAGUCGGCAAUGGGUAUUGCCAGAAAGGUGCGCGUUUACAACCCUCCAUGGCGUGACGCGCGCUGACAGUCUGCGCGCCGCCCGACGUCAGAUGUGCAAGCUCGGCAGCGACCACAUGAGUACCUAUGCCACCUCUGCCAUUCCGGACGGCGAGCUUCAUUCGCCAUCAUCCAGAAACGACGCAACGAAUGCCCGCGUCCCCAUAUCAGCCAUUCUUGGCUGUCGAUUCCCCGACCGGCAGCUCAUUCAUUCUCUGCUGGAAGACUACUUUGAAGCCGUCCACUGGUUCUCCUUGGUGGUAUGUGAGCGCCGGUUCCGGCGCAGCCUCUCGUCUGUAGACGAAGGCUACGCAAGCCCGUCCGACGCACCGUUCCUUACCCUCCUCUCCAUUGUUCUAGCCAUGGCCGCUUGGUAUCGAUCCAAGCGUAUCGCAGCAGAGGACUGCCGAGAAUGGCAACAAUGGACCAGUGACUUGAUCCACAUUGUUGAGUCUCGAAUGGUCUACAUCAUGGAUGAUCGGUCGGUCACGGCCGUGCAGACGUGCAUCCUCCUUGGGUCACACCACGUCUACCAUGGACGACCAAACCUCUCGUUUGCCCUCCUAGGUGCAGCCAUCAAGAUCUCCCAUGCAUUGGGUCUCCAUCGGCAUAUCGCGCAAGGCGACGCUGAGGAUAUCGAGGAGCGGAAGAGGGUUUGGUGGACGGUAUACACGUGGGAUCGGUUCGCUUCCAUCUCCUACGGCCGACCGAUGACAAUUAAUGACGAAGACUGCGACGUGCAACUGCCCACCGAGUUCGCCGAAUGUCCGUACUUUGUGCAAGAAUCCACAGACGAGCACGGACUGGAUCGGGGCAUCGUGUACUCACCCUACCAGACGGAGCUCAGCAAACUCUACCGCAUCGCGUCGCCGGCGCUGAGAAACAUCUUUGGCUAUCUGUCGCCAGGGUCCACUAAGCAGAGGUUUGAGACCGAGUAUGCUUCCCUCGCCAGUGAAGUAACGACGGAGCUCCUUGCCUGGCGGAGCCAGCUCCCUCCACAUCUGGUUCUGGAUCUGGAACAGGAUUAUCGUCCCGAGAGCAGCAACCAGCGCUUGAGGGCUCACUUGUUGCAGUCCUUGUCGCUGCAGCUGACUUUCGACAACCUCUUGAUUGUGCUCUAUCGACCUUUUUUGGCCAGGCAGGUCGACCAUUUGUCAAUGGAGUCUGCAAGCCUGCAUGACAGCCCACUACAACACGCUUUCACCAGCCAUGGACCUCCAGGGCCGAGUUCCGGCGACAAUGUGAACCCACACACAAAUGAUCACAUUCCGAUAGUGAAUCAUGCUGUUGGGCAUUCCGAGUACUGGUUAGACGCGGCGAUGGGGACCACGCGAAUCACGGAGCUGCCCAAACUUGCGGCGCUCGCCAAAGACAGUCACCUUGUCGCGUUCAUGGCCAUCAAUGUUUUUCACGCUGGGAUUGUGCUCAUUCUCCUCGCAUUGUCGGACCCCUUGUCGGAUAGAGCACAGCAAUUGAAGCGGAUCGUCUCGCGCGUGCUUCGUCUACAAGAGGCAAUGGGUGAACAGUCGGCACUCUCUCGGCAGAGUGGCAUGGUCUUGCAGAACCUCAUUGCGCUGCUCGUGAGGCGAGAGGGUGAUGCCAUGCUGGGACGUCUCGCACCAGCCAUGGUACAGGCUGGCGAUCGCCGCGGCCAGGUUUCGCGGUGCGAGGAUCACGCUAUGGCUGAGGCAACGCCGUACGGCGCUCCGCUUCGAGCCCAUACAGCAGAGGUGUCUGGACAUACUUCCGCUAUGUCACCGGAGGGACAAGUAUGGCCAAACGUUGGCGUGGCACAACGCCUCAACGAGAGCCUCGCAUCUGUACAGCACGGUAAGACGACGGAUGCCCACAACAUGUUGUGA